UGGCCCCAUAUAUGUGUUCCCUUCACACUACUAUAAUAUGUUCCCUUCGCAUUACACUUGUUCCCUUCACACUACCUUUGCGCUCUUCACUCUACCCUUGUUCCCUUCACAUUACUCUUGUUCCCUUCACACUACCCCUGGUCUUUUUACUUUAUCUUUGAGCUCUUACCAUACCCUGCUUAUGUUCCCUUCGCUUUACCUAUGUUCCCUUCACACUACCAAUGCCACUUACCCCCUUUUAAAUUUCCCCCUGUUCCCUUCACACUACUCUUGUUCCUCUCACACUACUUAUGCCUUCUUCCCUUCACACUACCCUUGCUCUUGUUACACUUUGCCAAUUUUUGGCGUUAAAUCGGGAAUUUAA